UUUGUCGGAAAGGAGAUUUUUUUUCUUCAAUAUCAAAGAGGUAUUGCGCUUCACCUUGGUUGACCCUUGGCUACCAUUGAAAGAACGGCAGACGGCGCUUCAACCCAAACAUAUGUUUUCGGAGCCGAGGCGAGGGCAGUAAAGCGCACUUAGCAGCACCGAGACCGGAGACGGACAGACGCACGACCAGCUGACUUGGAAAAACACGCCGCUGUAGUGUUUCCACCGUGGCUGAGUCAAGGGGACUGUACCGAAAACGGGGCUUGCUACAGGGUGGAAUAUACUCGUUUCGAGACAGAGUUUUCAGUCGCCACAUUGCAUCACACGACACACCAUUUUGCCGAAGCUACACUGAAGUUCUUUGGGAACUGGCGUUCACAUGAUGUACACUAUUACUAGAGGUCCCAGUAAACUUGUUACUCAACGGAGGACAGGACCUACGCAGCAGCUCGAGAGUAAAACUAACGAGUUGAAGCUCAGACCGACCACUUGGCUUACAUCAGAUUCUCGAGCCCCAAAGAUAGUUUUCAACCGUCUCAACGGGAAGAGAUACCACACAGCCUCCACACCCAAGUUAGAGAGCCCGGCUGAAGGCUUCACCGCUGUACACGAGGAGAAUGUCCGCUUUGUUUACGAAGCGUGGCAGGAAGUAGCGCAGAGGCUGGAAGGUGGAGCCGCAGAGGGGGAGGAGCUAACCGGUCGCCAUGGCCACGGCCCUGUCCCGGUGCAGUACAGGGAGAAGGCCCCCAGUCCUGGGAUGAAGAACUUUGUGCCCAUAGAUCUGGAGGAGUGGUGGGCUCAGAGAUUUCUCGCCAACCUGUCGUGACGCGGCAAGCCCGGGUUCAGGCGCCGGAGGGAAGCAGACGGGCGGAGGUCAAAGGUCGGCAGCUGUCGGCGGGAGGCUGGAAAGGAAGAGAUGAGGAGCGUGCAGUUGGGUGGACAGGACGCUACAUCGGGAAGCGUCACACAGGGUCGCCCGUGGACUCUUAAGCAUCUGUUGUGAUUGCGGUUUUUCCCCAAUGUGCUUCCUGCUGCGGCGUUGUGUGGUGCAGCUGUGCAACACACUAAACUGCCCCACGCACCCCCACCCGACCCUAAAAAUGGCCUGCUCUGAACUAUUGACCCCCCUAAGACAUGUUCCACCAAUGAGGAUCUCUCUCUGCCAAUCAGAAGAUGGAAAGAUGAUCAGUGAUUGGUCUUCUGAGUGUGUUUCUCUCCAAGCCCCUCCCACCUGUGACAUGAUGAUGAUGAUGGUGUGUUUUCAGAUGAACAAGUCUGUAUUUCUAGGCUGGUCUUUGGAUAAAAAAAGUUGACAAAAUGACAAGGUAAAAAAAAAAAACAGUAAAAAAAAAAUCCAACAGGUGUAUGCGUGGAAUUAUUCCUAAAAAUGGGCUUUGAUCUUUUAUAU